ACAACUCGCUUGUCUCCACAAGAGUCAUGAAGGCAGCCCCUGUCCCCUCCUGGAAGACCGCCGGCCUCUUUUGCCUGGGGCUGCUUCGCUUUGCCUUUGCCUCGGAAAGAGCCGUCUACACAAAUCAUUUUUUGGUUGAGGUUCACAAAGGGGGAGAAGCAGAGGUGAAGCGGCUGGCUGCAGAACAUGGCUUUAGUGGGGUCAGGAAGCUUCCUUUCGUUGAGGAUGGCUACCACUUUUAUCACAACGGCUUGGCCAAGAGUCGCACACGACGCAGCCUUCAGCAUCAACUUCACUUAGAAAAAGAUCCCAGGGUGAAGACGGCUGUGCAGCAGGAAGGUUUUGGGAGGCGGAAGCGAGGGUACCGAGAGAUCAACGAAAUUGACGUCAACAUGAAUGACCCUCUGUUUGCAAAGCAAUGGUACUUGAUCAACACUGGGCAAGCAGAUGGGACUCCCGGCCUUGAUCUCAACGUGGCCGAAGCCUGGGAACUGGGCUACACAGGGAAAGGUGUGACGAUAGGAAUUAUGGAUGAUGGAAUUGAUUAUCUUCAUCCAGACCUGGCCGCAAACUAUAAUGCCCAAGCCAGCUAUGAUUUCAGCAGCAAUGACCCCUAUCCAUACCCCCGCUAUACCGAUGAUUGGUUCAACAGUCAUGGAACUCGGUGUGCUGGAGAAGUCUCUGCUGCAGCAAACAACAACAUCUGUGGAGUCGGAGUGGCCUAUAAUUCAAAGGUGGCAGGAAUCCGAAUGCUGGAUCAGCCAUUUAUGACUGACAUUAUUGAAGCUUCUUCGAUCAGCCACAUGCCCCAAGUCAUAGAUAUCUACAGUGCUAGCUGGGGCCCCACAGAUAACGGGAAGACGGUGGAUGGACCAAGAGAGCUAACCUUGCAGGCCAUGGCAGAUGGUGUCAACAAGGGCCGUGGUGGAAAAGGAAGCAUCUACGUGUGGGCAUCUGGAGAUGGUGGCAGUUAUGAUGACUGCAACUGUGACGGCUACGCAUCAAGCAUGUGGACCAUUUCCAUCAACUCGGCGAUAAAUGACGGUCGGACAGCUUUGUAUGAUGAAAGCUGCUCCUCUACUUUGGCCUCCACUUUUAGCAACGGGAGGAAGAGAAAUCCUGAAGCUGGUGUGGCGACAACAGACUUAUAUGGCAACUGCACACUGCGCCACUCCGGAACAUCUGCAGCCGCACCAGAGGCCGCUGGCGUGUUUGCACUGGCGCUGGAGGCAAACCUGGAUCUGACCUGGAGAGACAUGCAGCAUCUCACAGUCCUCACCUCCAAGAGGAACCAGCUCCACGAUGAAGUUCACCAGUGGCGGAGAAACGGGGUCGGCCUGGAGUUCAACCACUUGUUUGGCUACGGUGUCCUUGAUGCCGGGGCGAUGGUCAAGAUGGCCAAAGACUGGAAGACUGUUCCAGAGAGGUUUCACUGUGUUGGUGGUUCAAUACAAGAGCCACGGAAAAUACUGUCCAGUGGCAAGUUGAUUCUGACACUUACAACUGAUGCUUGCGAGGGGAAGGAGAACUUUGUCCGUUAUCUGGAACAUGUUCAGGCAGUUAUCACAGUAAACUCGACCAGGAGGGGAGAUCUGAAUAUCAACAUGACCUCACCAAUGGGGACUAAAUCUAUUUUGCUGAGUCGACGUCCGAGAGAUGAUGAUUCCAAAGUGGGCUUUGACAAAUGGCCUUUCAUGACGACACAUUCUUGGGGAGAAGACCCCAGAGGUACUUGGGUUCUAGAAGUUGGGUUUGUUGGUAUCAUGCCUCAGAAGGGAGUCCUGAAAGAAUGGACAUUAAUGCUACACGGGACUCAAAGUGCACCCUAUAUAGACCAAAUAGUAAAAGAUUACCAGUCUAAAUUGGCCAUGUCCAAGAAGGAGGAGUUGGAAGAAGAAUUAGAUGAAGCAGUAGAGAGAAGUUUGAAAAGUAUAUUGAGCAAGAACUAGCACUGCUUUGCAUGUCAUCUUCCUUUCCCUUUUCCUUUUCUUAAAACUCUCCAUUGAGCACAUGCCAGUAAUUGUCUCUAUUCAUUAUCCAUUUUACAAUUAUCCAUGUUGUCUUAUUUAAUUCAAUGGAAACUUUUGAAUCCUGAGCCACAAAUAUAUUAUUACCUACCAACUUCUUUGUUGGAUUGUAUGACUGUACCUGUCUUUGUUUGGGAACUAGGGUCUUUUUUUAAGUGUCAUGCGAAAAAGUAAUAAUAGAAAACAAAGUUGCAUUUCUC